AUGAAGAGGAAGAGCAGCGGUGCGCUGGUCGGUGCCAUCGUCGGCUCCACUGAGACUCGCGGAGCGCUCGAGGUUUUUUGCUCAUCUCUAUCGUUUGCAAACAUGCUGAUGUGCAAGGUAUUACCAAACAUCGGCUACUCGACAGCUUUGAAUGCAACGUUCGCACCACCAAAUCCAAAGCUCGAGAGAAUCACUAGAUCCACUGUCAGCGAGGAUGUAAAACGAAAGCGUCGACUGGAACUAGUAGACGCUGUUCGAACGAUGUUCCGCUCCCUGGGAGAUGGAAACAUAUCAAGAUCUGCGUAUGAUACUGCUUGGGUAGCACGCGUUCCUGCACUCGAUGGAAGCAACUCACCACAGUUUCCAAUGUGUCUUGACUGGAUCAUCAAAAACCAGUUCGAAGAUGGCUCCUGGGGUGACAAAGACUUGUUCUUCACCUACGAGCGCGUGUGUUCUACACUGGCAUGUGUUAUAUCGCUCAAGAUCUGGAACACACAAGAGAAGCAUAUCGAAAAAGGACUUGAAUUCAUCCGGAGAACAAUGCCCGCGCUGGAGACGGAGGAGAGUGCACACAUGCUGAUAGGAUUUGAGAUCGUCUUCCCGGCAAUGCUAGAUGAAGCUAUGGAGCUGGGACUGGACCUCGACUACUCGUCUCCAGUCGUGCACAAGUUCCAUGCUGAGAGAGAGAAGAAGCUCCAGAGGAUAUCGUUGGAUGUCCUCCAAACCCAUCCCACGCCUCUGCUAUACUCGGUCGAAGGACUCCAUAAGAGCCUUGACUGGCACAAAGUUGUAAAACUGCAGUGUUCAGAUGGUUCUUUGCUUUCCAGUCCCUCGUCUACGGCGUGUGCUCUCAUGUACACUGGAAACGAGAAGUGCCUGCAAUACCUCAACAACAUUCUUGAGAGAUACAAAGAUGCAGUACCAAACACGUACCCGGUAGAUUUAUUUGAACACAUCUGGAUUGUUGAUCGCAUAGAGAGGUUGGGAAUCGCUCGGUACUUCACUCGAGAAAUCAAAGAUGCCCUUGACUAUGUCUACAGAAAUUGGACUGAUAAAGGAAUAUCAUGGGCCAGAGGUACACCUAUUCAAGACGGCGACGACACUUCCAUGGGCUUCAUGGUCCUACGGAGUCACGGAUACGAUGUUUCUGCAGACGUCUUCAAGCACUUUCAGCAUGAAAAUGAGCACGGGUUCUUCUGCUUUGUCGGGCAAGUCAGUGAAGCAGUGACAGGAAUGCUCGAUUUAUACAAAGCCACGAAAGUUAUGUUUCCAGGCGACGUGAUUCUGCAAAAAGCGAGAGCAUUCACCAGGAGUUUUCUGGAUGAGAAACGGCGGAAGGGAGAGCUCAAUGACAAGUGGGUUGUAACGAAAGAUCUUCCCGGAGAGGUUGAAUUUGAGCUCGAUAACCCCUUCCAUGCUACUGUGGAACGAAUCGCUACGAGAAGCUACAUCGAUCAGUAUGGAGUAGACGAUGUUUGGAUCGGGAAGAGCCUCUACAGAAUGCCGUUCGUAAACAACCCAGUCUUUCUCGAGCUCGCAAAGCUGGAUUUUAAUACGUGCCAGGCAUUUCACAAACAAGAGUUUAAGCAGUUGGAAAGAUGGUAUGCUGAAAGUAGCUUCCGAAAAUUUGGAUGCUAUCACAGAGACCUCGAGCAAUCGUUUUUUGGAGCAGCAGCGAUAAUCUUUGAACCAGAGCUAGCGACUGCAAGGGUUGUGUGGUCGAAGUGUUCGUUUAUAGCAAGCGUUAUAGCGGAAUACUUUCGGAGGGAAAGUUCCAUAGUUGAUCUCCAAGACCUCUUAAAUGGUGUCCAAAGAUGGGAUCCCAGCUCUAUGGAAGACUCCUCGGACGACGUCAAGCUGCUAUUUAUUGAGAUCUUUCUGGAAGUCGAGAGCCAGAGCAAGCAAUGCCUCAAUUUUCAAGGCCGAAGUGUGAACAACGAGCUAAGAAGGAUUUGGAGCAACUGGUUGUCCAGCCUGCUAGAGAAAACGAGGUGGCGGGUUUCCAAAAAACGUCCAACACUCGAAGACCAUUUAAAAGCGUCAAAGUCGGACGUCGAACCUGCGGUUUAUAGCACGAUGUAUUUCGUCAAAGAGAAGCUCGCAGCUGGAAAGCUCUACCAGUUUUCAAAGCUCUGCACUGUGAUGAACUCGGCUAUAACUUUGGAACAAGACUUACAGGACUUUUUCUUCCAGGACGAUGACAGUCGAUUGAACAGCGUGAGCAUUUAUCUUGAAGAAAAACCUGGAACUUCCAAGGAGAGUGCCGUGGUUUACAUCAGAGAGCUCUCAGAGGAGCUGAUGAGGGAGCUUUUGCGUGAAUCACUGUGUUGUGACGACAAUCUUCCAUCAGCGUGCAAGCAUCUCUUUCUGAAUGGAGCUCGCCUCGCGAAUUUCAUGGUAGCAGCACGUCGAGAAUUAUCCAUGGAUGGCCAUAUACACAGACUUCUCUCUCAACCAUUCUGA